GGAGAUAGUAAUAUUUAGGCUUCCUCAGCGUAGUGGAGGGGUGAUCCGUGAAAGCUUGCAAAGGGUUAAUGCAAUAUCUUAUCCCGACCAAAAGUGCCUAAAGGCGUGUAACUCACUCUUUCUGCUCGUUAAACAAUCUUUCAGAUGGGCAACUACUUGCUAUUUUGAGUAGUAAGUAGUAGUCAAAUUGGUACUCAGCAGCAGCUCGGAAGUAAUCAGGGAUUUAUUGUGCAGGAAUACCUCGCAAUGUUGGAAGAAGCAAAGAAAUAUGAUCACAGGGAACUGACCAAGAAGCAGGAACUUUUCUUCUUUCACCCUUUAAGCCCUGGAAGUUGCUUCUUUCUUCCCCACGGUGCUAGAGUGUGCAACAAACUGUUGGAGUUCAUGCGCAGUCAGUACUGGAAGAGAGGUUUUGAAGAGGUUUGGAGCCCAAACGUAUUUAAUAUGCAGCUUUGGGAAACAUCUGGUCAUGCUGCAAACUAUAAGGAGAAUAUGUUUGUAUUUGAGAUUGAUAAACAAGAAUUUGGUCUCAAGCCAAUGAAUUGCCCUGGCCAUUGCUUAAUCUUUGACCAUAGAGUUCGUUCAUACAGAGAACUGCCACUUAGGCUUGCAGACUUUGGAGUGCUCCACAGAAAUGAGGCCAGUUGUGCACUUACGGGAUUAACACGUGUAAGAAGGUUUCAGCAGGAUGAUGCUCACAUCUUCUGUAGGGAGUCACAGGUUAAAGAUGAAGUCAGAGGAGGAUUAGAAUUCAUUGAUCAUGUCUACAAGACAUUUGGGUUCACGUAUGAGCUGAAGCUAUCUACAAGACCUGAAAAAUAUUUUGGAGAUGUGGCGACCUGGGAGAAAGCAGAAGCUGCUCUUUCAGAUGCGCUCAAUGAAUUUGGCAAACCAUGGGAGAUAGAUGAGGGCGAUCGAGCAUUUUAUGGGCCAAAAAUUGAUAUAAGUGUCUCUGAUGCAAUGAAAAGGAAGUUCCAAUGUGCAACACUGCAGCUGGACUUUCAACUUCCUCAGCGCUUCAAGUUAUCUUAUUCAGCAGAAGAUGAGAGCAAGCGGGAAGUACCGGUUAUGAUACAUAGAGCUAUCCUUGGUUCAGUGGAGCACAUGUUUGCCAUACUUUUGGAGCACUUUAAAGGGAAAUGGCCUUUCUGGCUAAGUCCACGCCAGGCGAUGGUUUGCCCUGUAUCAGAUAAAUCUAAAACAUAUGGAGUAGAGCUGCACGAUCAAAUUCAUAAUGUGGGGUUUCAUGUUGAUGUUGAUACAUCAGACAGGACUAUCCAGGAAAAAAUACGAGAAGCUCAGAUGGCACAAUACAACUUCACUUUAGUGGCUGGUGAAAAGGAGGUUACCACCAGAGAGGUUAGCGUUCGAGUGAGAGACAAUCCUGAUCACAAGGUUAUGACAGUCGACGAGCUUCUUUCUCACUUCAAGGACUUGGUGGCAUCAUAUCAGUAGUAUUACCUCAUUCCCCCCCCCCCCCCCCGGGGGGCGGACCGUAGUAGAGACCUAGGGGGGCUGUAGCCCCCCUAACAAUUUUUUUUUAGUGUAUAUAUAUACGAAAAAUAAUUUUUGCUCUUCCAAAAAGUAUUUUGAACCCCCCAACAAUAUUUUCGCCUCCCCAAAAUGACUUUCCUGGGUCCGCCCCUGCCCCCCCUAAUUACGUGGCUAAGAAAAAAAUCACCUCUUUUCUUCUAAUGAAUUGUAAAUGUAUGAAGUAUAAGUAGGUGAAAUGUUAUUUACAAAGGUUAAUUCCCCG